ACUAGAUCCUAUCACGCAUAUCGGCCCCUCCUCAACCGACAGAUUAUAUUCACGUCCAGACUCUGAUAGUUUAGCUUCAGAAAUCUGAGUACUUUCUACGCCGAGGAGAAAUGAGCGCGUCCGCCGCGACACCGCUUCUUAACCAGAUUGAACCUGACGAUGCCGGAGAGUCUGUGCCGUCAGGGAAUAUCGCGUCUGCAAAGCUUGCACCUCCCAAGACACCCGUGGUAUUGACUCCAGGUUCAAGACCAGAUCCAUCCGCGGCGUCGUCUAGUGAUGCGGAAGCAGGCAUUGCAGGCAUAUUUCGCCAGUCCGCUCACCCAGUAUCACUUUUCUUCCUCUACUUCUUCCGCACCGCUGCAAUCGUGGUCUACCUCCUCUGUGGAUUCUUCACCAGCAACUAUGUGCUCUCCACCGUGAUCGUGGUCGUGUUACUCGCAAUGGACUUCUGGAAUUGUCGAAACGUCUCCGGAAGGACGUUGGUCGGUUUGCGAUAUUGGAACCAGGUGGACGAAGACGGUGAAAGUUACUGGGUAUUCGAGAGCCGAGAUAUCGCACUGUACACGUUCCCAGCCCUGUGGCUAGCAUUGCUUAUCGUUUCGAUACUGAAACUUAGUGCAUCCUUUAUCCCGAUAGUAAUGCUAGCCCUCGUAUUCAAUGUCUCGAAUGCCGUAGGCUUCACGUAUGCUGACCGAGAUGCAAAGCAGAAAUGGGCGAACCAACUCUCUUCGGGAUGGAGCAUUGGUGGUCUGGGUGGUCAGGUUCUUGCUGGCAUGGUCAAAAACAGCGUAGGGAAGGUUUUCAGAUAACCAUGGGGGUUUGAGAUACUGCCCCACUCUAAUACCAGCACCUCAUUUAUGCUCUCUGAUCGCACAUGAGGGGCAAUUAUUUGAGACAUGCUUUAUCUG